AUGGGUCAAAAUAUUGAAAUUGAACUUGAUGAUCCCACAAAAUUAUACUCAAUGCACGACACCCUGAAAGGGACCGUUAAAGCUAACUUUGCCAAAGAAAUCGAUGUCAUUGACAUCGCCGUCAAGCUCAAGUGCAUAUCCUGCGUAGAUAUCAUCUACGGCAAUAAUUACCAUGAUAUUAAGACUCAAAAGUACUUCCAAAUCAUUUUAACGGUAUUUCCGCCUCCCGAACUGGCCGCAGCGGUGAGGCAGAAGGUGUACACACUAGGCGCGGGGCACUACGAGUGGCCUUUCGUCAUUGAUCUUUCGCCCUAUGCUGGGCUUUCACUUCCGCCAACGUCUCAUGGUGUAGGGGUUUUGUGCGAUUAUAAAGUAGAAUAUACCUACAAGGCGGUUGUGCAUCGUGAAUCCCAUUGGAAGCGCAAUCUUCGUGCUUGCCAUCCUUUCAAGUUGUAUCCAUGUAUAGACGUUGAAUUGAUCGAGUAUUCACAAAGAAGACAGCUACAUUCGGAGCUUGUUUUCAACCAGUUGGUUCCGGGAGCCAAAGCAGCCCAUUUCUAUUCUCGUAUACCCAGAUUGCCCAAUAAAAUCUUUGCCGAGCUGGAAUUUUCUGAAGUCAUACCUCAAUUGCCUCGCAAAAUGGGGUUGGCCCUGAGAGUCCGUGCUGAAAAGGAGUUUGCUGUCAAAGAGAUCAAAUGCUUCAUCAAACAAUACUUGUUUCUCACCGCCCAAUGGAAUAAAAGAACGGUAGUUGAUAGAAUCUCAUGCGGGCAAAAAACACUUGAUCUCAGCGGAACUGAAAUUAACCUAACGGAGUUCGUGAGUGAUUUCAGUUGUGAAGCAAUCCAAGCCUACGACGCUGGCAUACUUAACUGCAGACACGAGCUGAACUUGAUCAUUACCUUACGAGACCCAGCUGCGAAAAAUCGAACGGCCAAGAUUUCGAUCGAAACCCCAGUCUCUAUAGCCACAUCCCACGUGCAUCGCCACAAUGCUCCGGUAUACCAGGAAGAUAAUAAUAAGAUUGGUUUACCUCAGAAAUCAUCCUCCAAAUCAGAAGAUAAGCUGAAGCCGUCCCCGCACGUCGAUCUGCAUGACGCCCCGCAUACUCAACCCUAG